AUGAAUCAAUUAAGAAAUCAGAGAGGCACAGACACAGAUGAGGUGUACAUUGAUCCAGAGAGAGGGAUAGCUAUUAAUGCUCGUUAGAUGACCACUGAAUAGCAUUUCAAAUAUUACAAAUCCUCAUUCAGCACUAUGAGACCUGAUUUGACUGAAUUUGAGUAUGAGGCAUUUGCCAAGAGAUUGAGAGUGGGUGAGUCAUUCUUGAAUCACAUGAGAGUAUUUCUUAAUCAUGAAUCAGGUAGGAUCACAAAUCUUUAUCCUGUAAGUGCUAGAAUGGAAAAAGCUCUGAACUAUUAAUAAUAAUACUUCCAUUUGCGUCCUCCUUUUAUUUUGGGUCACAGAUCAAAUGCAAAUAGAAAUUGGGCUGAUGCAUCAAAGGUGGUGAAUUAUGUUGAGAAACAAUUGCUAAAGAUAACAAAAUAUGGCUUGGAUUAUCCUAAUUAUUAUGCACCUGCGACAACACAAGAGUUGAAGUAGAGAGAGGACGAGAUUUACGAGAGAUUCGUCAGAGAAAUGAGAAAACCUCCCGUCGUUGCAGCCUAAUGAAAUAUAUACAAAUAAACAAUAUUUUAUUAUUUGAAUCUUUGUACAAAUAAA